AUGGCGGACAAUACUUAUAACUCAUCUGACCUGAACUCGGUCCUGCAGACCUUAUCCAGCUUAGCAUCGCUGAACAGCUCUCAGAAUGCAUCAAUACCUCGAAGAGAAGCUCCUUCAUCUCAGCAAAGUCAGCAAAAGGAGUUCCGCCCAUCAGAGCGGCCGUAUUCCAACCCGCCUAGGUCAAGCACGGGGACCCCUACCACCGACCCAGCAACUAUUACCACUUGGCCUGCCGCGCUGCGCUAUGUAAUGCGUGCCGUUGGUCAAAACGAAGAAACCCAACUUCGAAUCCGUGGUCUGAUCAGAAGUCAACAUAACCAUGAGCAACAAUGGUGGAAGGCUCGUGAGACCCUCAUCGAGAAGCAACAAGCCCGCGGAGAGAAAAAGAAGGAGCUUGAUGCUGUAUUACGUUCUAUCGGCGCGCCCGUCGACUCGAAAGAGAUAUCAAGUAAAGAAGAGGAUAAAGAAGAACUCGCAAAAUAUGAUGCCAAAGUCUAUAGAGCUUCUGUGCAGAUGACAGAGGCCAUGACAGCAGAGCUGCGCGGGCUCAAGAUACCUUUCUUUGUCAUUCAACAAAGCCUUAUCCGUGAGCCAACCGGACCAAAUUCUACCAACGAUUCCUCCAGUCAAGGAAAGAGGCCUGAAGGUUCAGCGACGGUGACGAAAGCUGAGUUGGCUUCGUUACAACGGCGCAUGCUCGAAUUGCUUCAGGAUCUUUGCAAGGAAUGA